CGCCAGAGGGCCAUCACCGCUCGUUGCAUGCGACGCAGCUCGGGCCAGAUCAUACACCCGCCAUGCUGGAUUACGCUGGGGGUCAUCGGGCUACCUUGAAGACGCAGCACCGGAUGCGCAACUGCGGGGGCAUUCCAUUGCCAUGUCGACGGGAUCAGCUUCAACGAAGAAGAUGAAGCGACAACCGACUCAUGCAGACGAUGUACCGGCAGAAGCCCAGGUCCCGCCCGCACCCAAGCGACAGAGAGUGUCCAGAGCCUGCGAUCAAUGUCGCGCUGCAAGAGAAAAAUGUGACGGAAUACAGCCUCUGUGUUUUCCAUGCGCAUCGCAGAACAGGCAGUGUACCUGGGAAGAGCCCAAGAAGAAGCGCGGAGUACAGACUGGCUAUAUCCGAACAUUGGAGCUGUCACUGGGCUGGAUUUUUGACAAGAUACCCGGCUCAGAGGAAGCCCUCCAUGGUCUGUUGACACACGAAGGCGGCCAAGGAAGGGCGCUGCUUCUGGGCAAGGACACGGCUGCCGGUAAUCGCCUGCAUCGAAGAUGGAGGAAGAGCAUUGUACAACAGGAAAUCGACAGGGUAUUAUCAGGUGGCGAUACUGCGCCUUCCAAGGCAGAAAAGCCUUCCCCCGCCGACGACUCCGACAGUAGUCUCGAUGAUGCUGAGCCGCCUCCGAAAGAAGAAGGGUCGGCCGCUCAUGACCGGGCAUCACUGAUUGCGCCCAUGACAGAAACGGCGACCGGUGCUGUGCCGGACAUGCAACACACAGAGCUGGCGCUAGAGCCGUCUUCAAAAUUGGUCAAGCUACCUUCUAAUUGUUGGCGGCUCUUGGAUAUUUAUUUUUCAUAUUCACACUGCUGGUUCCCAAUCCUAGAAAAGGGACUGGUUCAUAAGGCUUGUUGGUCGUACCCUGGGGAAGGGCUGGACUUGACUGACACCAACGUUCCCCGGUCAGGUUCACAUGCUGAACUGUGGGCUGCACUGGCUGUCGCCGCAUACCAAGACGAGGGCACUCAAGCACCCACCAUGUAUGACGAGUCAGAGGCACAGAUGCAGCCUGAAGAUAUCUAUGACGCUGCAAGGCGUUUGAUCCCAGGCGAGAGCGCUGCCGUUGAACCGCGGCAUGUCAACGCAUUGCUUCUCCUCGCUCUGGUCGAUAUUGGACGGAGAGAGUAUACGGCGGCUUGGGUAUCCACUGGAUUGGCGACUCGUAUAGCACUUGCUCAAGACCUACAGUCUCAACCCGUGAGGAAUGGAAACCGCCGGCCGUACCACACGUAUAUGGCAUGCUUCAUCCUCGACACACUGGUUGCUACACAAAUCAACCAGCCACCACAUCUACGGGCAAGUAAUGUCAGUCCGAUCGCUCCUUGCGGAGAUGAUGAUCAAGACGAAUGGGAUAUAUGGUCUCCCUGCCAGGGCUUCGGACCAGCGCGGCCAUCGGGCUCGUCAUCUCGAAGCCCCGCACAUUCAAUGAGCUCCUUUGCAGCUCUUUUUGGAAUACUCCGGGUCCAUUGUGCGAUGGUAUUCGAGGCCGACGCUGAGCAAAGGGAGCCUUAUUUGAUCCAAGUACAGAAAGCUAUCGGCGGUAAUCCUGCACGUCAAUCUUUCGUCAACUACGUUACGAAUGGCGGCGUGCCUCCUUACCACGUUCCGUCAAUAUAUCUGCUUCGUCUAAUAUUCCUCUGUUGCGGAAGUCAGACCCAGGUGUAUUGUGAUUCGUUGCCUUCAACAGUUUUGCAGUGCCUAGAAGAGCAUAUGCUCAGUUUCGGCUCUGCAAUUCCACCACUGUUCUCUCUUUUCAUGGACGUAUUGAAGCGGCAAUACAGCCCCGACCUCCUUAAAGGCGAUACACGGGAUAGAUGGAAACAGAUACAGUCAUCGAUUGAUUCUGUAUGGAGACCUCGUCACUCUCAGUCAACAUCACCUGUGGCACACAAACCUCCAGAUAGUGCAACAUCGUACAUUAACCCGCACUCGACGAAUGUUCUUUACUCAGCAGCUACUUCUAUGCCUGCUGUGAUACAACAACUACCCACUCCUUCCUCCCAUUACGCAGAUACCCCGGCCGAACAGGCAGCUACCAUGAUUGGUGGCGAUAUUUAUCACGAUACUUCGAUGUCGGCAAUGAUGAGCUUCCCCAUGGCUUCGCGAUCGCGUCAGCCUGUGAACCUCAUGGAUCAACCCGCGAACGGCCCGGCCGCAUCUCGGUACGACCUUGCCGACAUGUCUACUCAGCACUUUCCACUUCAUGGGAGACCCAGCUUUAGCAGUGCGACAUUUGAUUACGACUCCAUCCUUGACGAUAUAGCAUCUCUUGACCGGGCUGAUCACAUGGGUGAUCCUCAGUUCAUGGCAAACCUGGGCUUUGCUCCAGGUAGUGACCUGACGGAGCUUUUGGCCCAUGAUUUCACCAGCAUAACUUGACGAGCCAGUGAUUGAUUCAACGAUUGAUUCAACGGCUGAUUAAACCAGGUAUGUAGUGAUUGCAGGAUUGUGGUCUACAAAAUGGCCAGGCCUCGACACAUACUCAAGUUAAUAACACCUUUCCUGGUGACGUGUGUCAAAUA